UAAUUCAAGCGAACAAUGGUCAAAUAUAUGUGCAGAGUGUGCGGCGCAUAUGCAGCCCAAGAGGAUUCUUUGAAAAUAUUUGAAAAUCCAGAUAUACUCUUUAGCAUCAAAGCUCUUACGGCCUUAGUUUUGGAAAAUGCAGAAUGUCUGCCAAAGCUUAUAUGUAAUUCCUGCCAAAAAGAAUUGCAAGAUGCAAUCAAAUUUAGCGAAAGACUCAUUGCAGUCCAGAAGCGGCUUCUGUCAGCCUUAUCUGAGAAGGAACUUCAGCAAGUAUCCGAGGAUUAUAGGGAAGCCGUAAAGGACUCUUCAGGCAAGAGAAACCACAAUGCAACUAAUAUAAAUCAACCGACGGCAGUUGAAGAGCUAAUCAUUAAACAAGAAGAACACGAAAUAUUUGUGGACGAAGAGGUUGAACUCCAAGGAUCCGAGUCCUCUGAGACAAUAGAGAAUACAUUUGAUGAAUACCAAUUUGCGAUUGACAACCAUGAUUAUGAAAAAUCGGUUGGGUAUAUACUUCCUGAUAAGGGAUCAGAUGAAGUGUUGGAGGUGUUGGACAGAGUAUUAAAAGUCGAUCCUGAUGAUAAACAGUUUGUUUGCAAUCGCUCUGAGCUGAAGCAUCACAUGUCAACACAUCCUGAUAAAUGUCGCUAUCCCUGCCAGUACUGUAAACGCUCUUUCAAGGACUGCGAUUCGCGGAUCAACCACGAACGCACCCACACCCAUGAGCGCCCCUAUCCAUGCGAAAUCUGCAGCAAGAAUUUCACCACAAAAUACGUACUUCAAAACCAUAUGGUAACACAUUCCGGCCUACGCUCUUACAGGUAA